CAUAAAUAAUUAUCUAAAAAGUAAAUAUAAUAAUAUCAUUGCGCAAAACAUUUUAUAUUUUCAAUCCUUCCCCCCAAAUAAGAGUGGAAAGUGGAAACAAUUAAACAAAUAACCUCGAACAAGAUUGAUACUACGCUCACUCUCUCAGGUGGAAGCACUCUUCAACUCAACGCAUUCCAUUUUUACCACCAUACUCCUCUUUGAUUGCUAUAAUGUCAUUCUCACGAAUCAUGUUAAGGUGUGCUCUUCAAAUCCCAAAUCUCUCUCCUUAUUGUGUUCCCCACUCCGCUCUCCGUCUUUGCUUCCCUUCCACUUCAUCCCUACACUCUCACUCUCAGUCCCAAUUACUUGAUGAAGCUGUUGAUUCCUUUACUCGCAUGCUCUCUAUGCGUCGUACUCCUCCCAUCAUCCAAUUUAACAAGAUUUUGGGAUCCCUUUCCAAGACGAAGCAUUUCCACGCCGCCGUUUCCCUUUUUCAGCAAUUGCAAGUCAGGGGAAUCGCGCCCAGCAUAGUUACUUUGAGCAUCGUAAUUAAUUGUUGUUGCGGCAUGGGUCGUAUGAAGCUUGCUUUCUCUGUAUUGGCCAAGAUUUUCAGAAUGGGUUAUCAACCUAAUACGGUAACAUUGACAACAAUCCUGAAAGGUCUCUGUCUCUCUGGUAGUGUUGAAAAAGCAGUGCGCUUUCAUGACAGACUGCUGCCUCAUGGAUUUCAGUUUAAUCAAGUCACUUAUGGGACCUUGAUCAAUGGCCUCUGUAAGUCCGGACACACAUCAGCUGCUAUUCAAGUGUUGAGAAAGAUCCCACAGUAUGGCAUUGCUCCUGAUGUCGUCAUGUACAGCGCAAUUAUUGAUAGCUUGUGCAAGGAUACGUUUGUAAGUGAUGCUUUCCAUUUAUACUCUGAAAUGCUUGCUAAGGGAAUCUCUCCCGAUGUUAUCACGUACAACACUCUAACUUAUGGAUUGUGCCUUGCGGGCCAACUUAAGGAAGCCAUUGAUUUACUAAAUCAUAUGAUGCUGACAAACAUUACUCCAGAUGUUCGUACCUAUACUACUUUGAUCGAUGGGCUAUGCAAGGAAGGAAAGGUUAAAGAUGCUAAGAAUGUGCUGGCUAUGAUGAUUAAAGAUGGUGUGAAACCAGAUGUGGUUACUUAUAAUUGUUUAAUGGAUGGGUAUUGCUUGGUUAAUGAGGUAAAUAAGGCAAAAUUUGUAUUCAACACAAUGGCUCAAAGUAGUGUGUCGCCUAAUGUUUGUAGUUACAAUAUCAUCAUUAAUGGUUUGUGCAAAAGUAAAAUGGUCGAUGAUGCCUUGAAUCUCUUUGAAGAGAUGCAUUGCAGGAACUUGGUUCCGGACAUGGUUACUUACAAUACUCUAAUUGAUGGCUUGGGAAAAUCAAGGAGAAUCCUUUGUGCUGUGGAGCUUCUUAAAAAGAUGCAUGAUAGAGGUCAACCUGCUGAUAUAGUCACUUACAGUUCCUUGCUGGAUGCUUUGUUCAAUAUCAAACAACAUGACAAGGCACUUAUAUUAUUCAAGGAAAUGAAAGAGAGUGGCAUUGAUCCAGAUAUAUAUACAUACAACAUACUUAUAGAUGGCCUGUGCAAAAGUGGAAGAAUUAAAAAGGCAGAACAGAUAUUUGAAGAUCUUUUGAUUAAAGGCUAUCGUCCAAAUGUGCGGACAUACAACAUUAUGAUCAAUGGGCUUUGCAAAGAGGGUCUGCUUCAGGAAGCAUUGGCACUCAUGACAAAAAUGGAAGACAGUGAUUGCUUACCAGAUGCUGUGACUUAUGAAACAAUCAUUCGUGCCCUAUUUGAAAACGGUGAAAAUGAUAAAGCUGAGAAACUUCUUCGUGAAAUGAUAUCUAGAGGCCUAUUGCAAUGAUAAAAGUAGAUGAGAUUCUUCUUGUUAGACAUCACAAAUGUUGUUUGUAUCUCUUUCUUUUUAACUUGUGUUUUGUUACCUUCUUCAGGAUCAUAUAUCCAUUACAUAUUAAUGCUUUUGGGUCUUGACAUGAUUGGUACUCUUUAUUCUGCUUUAUCCUCCCUAAGCGUUUUCUUUGUCAUUGCUUAUUUUAUGGCAUUUUCAGUGACUAGAUGGUUGUCAUACGUUUCUUGUGGGUAUCUAUCAUUUUUUUCUUUUCUGUAAUUAUAUAAAUGCAUUGAUGUUAAUUUAACACUAAGCUGAAAUGGUUCUGAUUUCAUCAUUGAAAGGGAAUCACGUGUUAGCUGUGAAGCUUACCUGCACUCUUAUUGUCUUUCAAUCUUUUCAUUUCCCCCCAUGCAGCACAAACUGGCUGAUCUAGGUUUAGAUGAAAUCUCAAAUGUUAUUUUGCAAACAUCUUCUCAUUUAUCUGUGUUCAUGCAGUUAUACCUGAGGCAUAAUGUACCAAAGCAAUUACAUGACAAAGAAGGAAAGAAGAGGCAGAACGAUUGUUCUUCCCAAGCCCCAGUUAGGAAGGGUUGCACAUCAGCCAGGGGGAUAAUCAAUGGACCACCCGCAUAGCAGUUUCGUUGACAAAGGGCAGUCAUCCUGCCAUGUAGAAGGAGAUAGUCAAUAGCAGUCAAACGGACCUGUCUGAAAGCAUGUACAUAAAGGAACUGCGAUUCGAACUUCAAAGUCAAAGGAUUUUGAUCAAACACCAGCCUCUUGUGUAAUCUCCAAGCACCCCAAAGAGUAGCAAGAAACAUUUGCACAGGUUAAUGCUCACAAAAGUUGGAACACUUCAUCAUCAAUUGCAUGUUCCCAUAUAGUCAUGUUAAGAAAAAUAAUAAACCUAUAACUUUACAAUAAAAUGAGAAAUUUUGGUGAUAUACUCAAGCUUUUAAGUUCGAAUCUCAUUAUAGUUAAAAUAUUGUGUUAAGAAACAAUUAUAUGAUCAAUCUGAUUUUAAUGAAGUUUAUUCACUUCUUUUUGUCAUACUGAUCUUACAAAGACAAGUUGUAUGCACAUAUUAUGUU